GAUACAUCACUUUAACGUGCAGCAAUGAAAACCCUACAAGUAUACAGCCUAACCCUAUUCUUAACUUAAAUCACUCUUUUUCAUCUUCAUUCUUUUCAUCCUCUGCAUAGAAUCAGCAGUUUCCUUCUUUCUUUUAUCUGUCUGUGUUCAUCUGAAUAAUUAUAUGUCUGAGAUCAGACAUGCCCACGCAUAUCAAAAGUUUAAUCGCGAGAGCGAAAUUGAUCAAGUUGAUGAUGAAUAAAUAAAUUAUGCAAGAUUCUUAAUUAGUUACUUACAGGAUUGGGAGGCAUGAAAAGAUCAGGAGAUCGAAGAGGAAGAUGGCAAGAUGAUCUUCUCUAUAUAUCUGCCAACAACUUCUUCAAGGCCAGCCAGUUAUUGAUGACUAAGCUAAAAAAACUCACUACAAAGAAAGCAGCAAGAAGUUCAAGAGGUUAACAAGGUGGAUCGAAGGCUUGGAAUGAGGCCACUUCCUUCUGAUGUAUCAGAAGAAAAGGGAAAGCAAGAUCAUGUCUUGCUUGCCCAUGUUCUUGAUCAUGCCAUGGCCAGCAACAACAGGCUGGAACAUGUGCAGGGAAAUCCUCUUGAUCAGUCUGCAGCAGGUAGGGCAGGACAUUACACUACUACUUCUCCAACUACAAAUGAUCAAGGGAACAUGAGAAGAAGACACUAUAGAGGUGUAAGGCAGAGACCAUGGGGGAAGUGGGCGGCCGAAAUCCGUGACCCGAAGAAGGCUGCUCGUGUCUGGCUUGGAACAUUUGACACGGCAGAAGCUGCAGCGACUGCUUAUGAUGCAGCUGCUCUUAAAUUUAAAGGCACUAAAGCAAAGCUCAACUUCCCCGAACGCGUUCAAGGAGCCGGAGCAAGACCAGAUAAUUUAAGCUUCAUGGCGACUAAUCAAAAUGCAAUUCUUGUUCCUAAUAACAAUUAUAAUGUUUUUGCUCCUUCACAAUUUCCUCCACCUCCUCUUCCCAUCAUUCGUCCACCUGCAGCAAUACCUGAAGAAUUCCCAAAUCUUUAUCAGUACGCCCAGCUCCUUUCCAGCAAUGAUGAUAGUUAUCUACAAUAUGUUGGUUCAGGUGGUCUUAAUUAUAAUCAAGAACCCUUUGUUUCCCCUUGUUUGUCUAUGACAUCUUCUUCAUCAGCUUCCUCAGGAUUAUCCCAACAAUUGCAGCCAGCUGCAGAAGAAGAAUUUUUUUCUAGGUUUCUCCCCCAGAUGCCCGCAGGUUUUUCUUCUGGUACCCAUAGUCAUCAGCAGGAGAGGGAAUUUGAUCACGGUAAUGCUCCCUUCUGACGUAUUAGGGUUCAGGACUUCACAAGAAGCCGAAAAGCAUGAACUGCGGUUAAAGUCUCAGCUGAUCGGCGCACAUAGAAAGAGAUAAUGCAGCUUCAAGCUCACUACCUUUCAAAGAAGUUCAUUAUUUUAUGGGAUUUCCUGUAUUUGCACAUUUGAAAGAGGGCAUGCAUGUGUUUUUCUUUUAGUCCCCUAACUUUUGCCACAGACCAUAUCUUCUUCGGAUGAUCUUAAGGUCGAUGCAUUUUCUUCUAUCUAUCUUGUAUUUGUACUCUAGUACAAAAAAUGAAGGCAGGUAUAUAAACCACUGGAACCAUGACAAAGAAAUAUCGCUUUCACUGCAUCCAUUGGACGAAGCUGAAACCAACCAAAGAUUAGGAUGUAACCUAAUUUCCGAAUGUGCCAUUAUCAUGUUCAAUCAGAUGAUGUAAAAUGAUAUGCUUAACAUGUGUUUGAGAGAGUUUCAGUAACAAUAUGCUUAAUAUGUGUUUGAGUUUAA